GUAUAAAUGGAUUACAGGAUUAGGGUUUUGAGUGAGCUCGUGUAUAAAUACUAUACUUCGUUGCAUCUGAUCUGACGAGACAUUGGCUGCGGCUUUCACAACCAUCUCAUCUGCAUCUAAAAGUUUUAAAGCAUCAGAUCAGAUGGGUCAUUCAAAUGUCUGGAACUCUCAUCCUAAGACCUACGGUCCUGGUUCCCGCACCUGUCGUGUGUGUGGAAAUUCCCAUGGCUUGAUCAGGAAAUAUGGCCUUAUGUGCUGCAGACAGUGUUUCCACAGCAACGCCAAGGAAAUUGGCUUCAUUAAGUAUCGCUAAGGAGUUUUGAAGGGUUAUACCCAAAUUGAAAGCUUGUGGUGUUUCUACAAUUACAGUAUCUCAUCGUCUUCUCAGUUCAUCCCUUCGUGAUAACAAUGGAUGUAGUCGGAUUGUUUAUGCAUCUUUAGGUUUUUUAAUCGAAAAUUUUCAUGUGAACAUCAUAGAACCACAAGUCCAUAUCGCUGCUUAAAAGUUACAUAAAUCCUUGAUCUCUCCAAAAUCUGAAAAUUCUUAAAUGAAGUUAGGUUUUGCAGAUGAGUCCUGUUAGGUAUGUGCUUGCUAUUUUAGGAGAAGUCAAAUGAUACCAUGUCAACUUCUACCCAAUGCUUACAGCUCAAAUGUCAUAUUCAGACCAUUUACUG